AUGGUGUGGCCACCUCUUGAUGACAAUGAUGGUUCAAUCCCUAUAGUUCAUUCCUUGCCCUGGGGCUGGUAUUGCAACAGGGAUUUUGAUGAUGAGAAAAUCCUUAUACAGCAUCAAAAAGCAAAGCACUUUAAAUGUCAUAUAUGUCAUAAGAAACUGUAUACAGGACCUGGUUUAGCUAUACAUUGUAUGCAGGUGCAUAAAGAAACAAUAGAUGCUGUUCCAAAUGCUAUUCCUGGAAGAACAGACAUUGAACUGGAAAUAUAUGGCAUGGAGGGCAUUCCAGAAAAAGACAUGGAUGAAAGGAGAAGGUUACUUGAACAAAAAACUCAGGAGAGCCAGAAGAAAAAACAGCAAGAUGAUUCUGAUGAAUAUGAUGAUGAUGAAUCUACAGCUUCAACCUCAUUUCAGCCACAACCAGUACAGCCACAGCAGGGAUACAUCUGUGCCAGGUGCACCGGGAAUACCCCCAGCCACCAGAUUAAUCACCCUAUCACAAUGUGUUUGGAAAAUCAGUUAGAUUUUUUGAUUUUUGUCAUACAUUUUCACAGAUUACAUCAACAGAGAAAGUACAUGCAGUCAUUUUGCGGUGAAAACAUGAUGAUGCCAAUGGGUGGAAUGAUGCCUCCUGGGCCAGGAAUACCACCUCUUAUGCCUGGUAUGCCGCCAGGUAUGCCACCGCCUGUUGGUCCUCGUCCUGGUAUGCCUCCCAUGACACAAGCCCAGCCUGUGACAGCACCAGGCAUUCUUAAUAGACCACCAGCUCCUGCUGUAGCAGCACCCACCCCACAGCCUCCAGUUACAAAACCACUUUUCCCCAGUGCAGGACAGAUGGGGACACCUGUCACAAGUUCAAGUACAGCUUCAUCCAAUUCAGAAAAUCUGUCAGCAUCUUCUAAAGCUCUGUUUCCUAGCACAGCACAAGCUCAGGCAGCUGUUCCAGGACCAGUGGGUACUGAUUUCAAACCUUUGAAUAAUACACCUGCAACAACCACAGAGCCCCCCAAACCUACAUUCCCUGCUUAUACACAGUCUACAGCUUCAACCACUAGCACAACAAACAGUACUGCAGCUAAACCGGCUACAUCUAUAACAAGUAAGCCUGCUACCCUUACAACAACCAGUGCAACCAGUAAGUUGAUCCAUCCAGAUGAGGAUAUAUCACUGGAAGAGAGAAGGGCACAGUUGCCCAAAUAUCAACGUAAUCUCCCUCGACCAGGACAGGUAUCCAUGGGCAAUCCAUCAGUUGGAUCACUUGGAGGUAUGAUGCCACCACAACCUGGAAUUCCUCCACAGCAGCAGGGAAUGAGACCUCCUAUGCCUCCUCAUGGUCAGUAUGGUGCUCAUCACCAGGGCAUGCCAGGAUACCUUCCUGGGGCAAUGCCUCCAUAUGGUCAGGGACCUCCAAUGGUGCCCCCUUACCAAGGUGGACCUCCUCGACCUCCAAUGGGAAUGAGACCUCCUGUAAUGUCGCAAGGUGGCCGCUACUGAUGCUACUACACACAGUCUAAUAGGUUUUUAGAAGUGAAGUAUAGUAAAUAUGGUUCGUUAAAUUGUGAAGGCGCUGGAAUUACAUGAACAUACCAUCUUAAAGCCCUGCCAUAGGACAGGCUGAGGCAGAGUCUCAGUGUUGCCCUGUUCAGUCUGAGGCAAGUGGGAUUUAUUUUAUUCAUUCUGGGGGCUUUCACAGCUUUAUGGCUGUUGGAUAUUUAUGUCCCCAAACUUGCAGCAAGUUUGGUGAAGGCCCCUAAAUUUAAUUUAAUUUAGGAUUUUUAUAAUCUUUUGGUAGAUGGGCUCUAUAUUAAUAUUCAUACUUCUUUGCUGUGGUGUUUUUGAAGAGAUUGGGGGGAAGGAGUAUUUAAGAUGAAUGUUGUUGCAACUUUUGCCCCUUUAUCCUUCAGCCUGGUCCUUUUUUUUUAAAUCCCAUGCACUGUUUUUUUGAAGGUGUAAUCUUUUAAUGUAGCUACAUGUAGCCUACAUGAACAAAUCUGUUGGGUGAUGCUGUUACUUUUUCUGAUAAAAAUGUGUUGAAAUAUUGCUUCCUUAAUCCAAAAACUUCAUCAUAACACUUUUAAAUCCAUUUAGUUAUCAGGCCUAAAAUAUUAAUAAUUAUAAUACUCAGAACUGAAGGCAUAAAAUUAGCUAUAUUUAUAGAAUCCUAAAUAAUAAUUUUCCAUAAAAAAGUGUGAUCUAAUUUGUUGUAUUCAUGUUAUACCAUGAAAGUUACACCAUAAAAGUAAAUAUUAAUAUAGAGCCCUGCAAGGAGGAAAUACACAUUUAAGUUGGUAAAAAAGAAAAGAGGAAUGAGAAAUUGAAGUUGUGGAUUUUGUAGCAAUGUCAGUUUGAAAGUUUUCUUCUUGAAAUUGGCCUGUUAAAAAGGCAUGAUAUUGUAAAGUUUGGUGUAUUGCACCAUGUACUCUAAAAUCACAUCAUUCUUUGCCAAUUUUGAGGGUUGUGCAGUGUAACAUACGUGUUUAAUAACUGCCAUUACCAUAUCAACAAUAUUGAAGUUAAACCUGAACUCUUAUUUAGAAAAUGAGAUACUUUAGUAUCUUCAAAUAAUUUUAAAAUUGCUAUUUGAGCACACUUGCCCCUUGGCCGUUUUCUUGCAAAGGUAUUUUAUAUCUGGACAAUUUCAGCCCCAAGCACAGGUUUAGUCCCAGUGUAAUCUGAUUGUCUCGUGUCAGCACUGACUCUUACAAUGUCCAAAUUAAACAAAAAAUUAAUGUUUGUUAGGCUGUUUGAAAUUGGUGCAGCAGAUAAGUUUUUAAAGACAGCUUGUGAUGCACCAUAGGAACUGUUUAAUUUCUUUUUUUUUUUUUAAGUAAUAGUUAACUAGUAUAGCUUUCACAAGUCUGUUUGUGGUUCACAAUUUCUCGAAUACUAUUGCCUGUCAUCUACAAGAGUAGAACUUGUUCCUUCUGCCUGGUUGCCUUUUUCCUUUCGAAAUCCUGCCCAAGUUCCCGACACUUGCAUUCUGAGCCCUUUCUGGAUUUCUGAUCCUUCUUGGUUAGCACCAGAAACUUAAUUAUUAGUCUCACUAAUGCUCAAAUUUGUGAGACAGGUGCACUGAAUGUUGAUUGUAUUCAAGUCAUUGUUAAAAAAUGUGUUGUGUUCCUAAUUCUUUCAGUGUGAAGAUUGACGCAUAGCACUACAUGAUAAUACAGUCGACAGCAUUUUUCUGCUAAAUUUAUUCAUGUAGAGCUUGUUAGGUCACAUCACUGUCUUCUCUGCUUGUUUGAAUAAACUGGUCACAGGAAAGAGUUUUCUUGCUGAAGAAAAUUGAAUAAGUUGUGUAUUGUAGGUGUUGCUCAGGUAUCUGAAAACUUUUAAGACUCAAUGAAUGAAAAAUAGCCAGAGAGUGUGUUAAUAUUGAUUCACUCUGCCAUGUCACCACUUAAUAGACUGAUACAAGUACUUGGAUGGAAACAAUUUAGUGUUUGGUAAGUGUUCAGGUGUAUUUUGUAGUAGAAAUGUUCACAUGUAGAUUAAUGUAUACACUCUGCCUUAUCUAAGGUAUACAGUUCUACAAAGAUAAGUAUCCUUUGAUCCACACUUGGAUUAUAUCUAAUAAACAUUCUAUUUGUUUGAAGAUACUAGUUUAAGAUGGCUAUGAAAAAUCACUCACUUGCACUUCUAUUUCUAUUAUUUUUCUAUUAUACUAAUGCUCUUAAUGUAAAUUAAGUGUUGCUUCACCAUACCAACCCCCUUCCACACAUGAGUCUCUGUAUUUCUUGUAUCUGUCUUAUGAAUGAGGCCAAAUAGUAUAGCUCUUUCUUUUCCCUUUCACUAUAAGGAUAUUUUCUUUUCCAUACUUCUUGGAAUCCUAGUAGAAAUUAGGGAUGUGAACAUGUACACAGUUAACCAAUGAGCCUGGGCUCAUCAGUUAUCCCUCGUGGUUACAUGCACCACUCGCCAAUCCCCACGCUGGGUUGGGGGGGCAGAAGCUGGUAUGCGAGGGGAGCUGGUGCUCACAGAGCCACCUGCCCUUCGCACUGCUGCCUCUAAUACAGAGGUGCGGGGGAGCCAAUUGCUCCCCCUAGUGCUGCUACUGUAUCAAGCAGCAGUGCAGGGGGGAGAGGUGCAGGCAGGAGCACUCCACACACACCGCAAAAAUAAACGCAUUUUAACAUCCCUAAUAAAAACUGGUUUCUGGAGGAAGACUAAUCACUUUAUUGAGGAUGUAAAAUCCUAUUUAAAAUGUUGAUUGGUUAAACUAUUAAUUUAACCAGUUAAGUGGCUUGUAGUGUGAUGGGGCCCAGCCAGGUUAGAACAUCCCUACACCUACAGCACAAAGCAGAUGAGAGGCUGCUCCAGCCUGACCAGGCAGAGGGGUUGCUUUGAGCUCCAGUUAACCAUUUAUCCCGGUAAGCAUGCCAGUAAGGCUAGUGCUUACCAGGUAACUGGUUACCUCUUUACAUCCCUGUUUGCUAUCCUCUUCUGAAAAACGCACUCAGUGGCACUCUGGAAUGAUUCUGCAAGAUAUUGUGUGGAUUUGAACUUUUCUUUCCUAUAAUUUUUGAUUCAGUGUGGUAUCAGAAAUCUUUGGUCUUCAAACAUAAUUUUUGCUCUUUCCUCCAUGUUCCUGACUUCCUCUAAAAGAGUUUUAUGGUUUUCAAGAGUUUUUCAUUUUGAGAUUUCUGUAAGAAUUUGAAAUAUUUAGGGUCUCAGUGACUUAGCAGGCAUGGCAGUAUUAUCCUAAUGUGGUGCCACAGUUGAAGCCGUGUAUUUAAAAGCAAUAAAAGAGUAGUUUGCAUUUUUCAUUAAAUAUUCAGUGGUGUUCUCUGACCUAAAAGGUAUAGAGGCUCUGCUUUCCUUCUAACUACAACAGAUGCACACCGCUUUACGUUAUUUAAUGGGAGCUUUUCCUCCACUCCUGGAUCAACCUAACAAUCUUGAAAGCAAGUUGUCCGGUGGCACCUUAGAGACCCAUGUCAUCAUAUAAGUUGUAGUGGAAAUAACAAAAUCCAAAGUAUAUACAACAGCAAAAGCGUUUACCUGUCAAGUGUAGGACUCAUAUUAAUGAAGCUAAUUAAGUAGGCUGGCUAUCUCUCCAAGACUUUUUGAACAAAUCUUAAGUGUUUCAAAAAUCUCUAAACAUAGAUCCAGUUUGGUUUUUUUGUUUCGUUUUGUUUUUUAAAAUCUUGUCUCCUAAUGGAAGCUUGUCUGACAUCCUUGAGUGUGGAUCUAAGGACAUUGCCAGAAAAUCUUCGGUUUUAUCCAAGAAUUUUCCCUAUUUCAAAGUGGCAUGUCCUUACUAAUACCCUGUGUGGCACUAUGUUGCUCUGUUUUUGCUUCUAUUUUUUUUCCUGAGAGCCUUGUCAGAAUCACUUAAAAUAUUACUUUUAUUUUCUUACAUCCUAAUGGAAGUAUAGAGUAGAAAAAUUCAAUUUAAAGCUACAAGGACCUAUAUUUUUUGUAUGGACUAGAAUUGCAAUAAUUUGAACUUACACAUAUAUCUCAUCACAUGCAAGGUAAACAAUAAGAGUGACAAUUAAAAUAUGUGCCAUUCAUUAAGUUAUUGGUGGUUUUAGAACAUUCUGAUAUUUGCCUUAUAUAGAACACUUUGUAUAUUAGUAAAUGCUGUCCCUUAAGUGCUGUGGACAUUACUUAAUGCCUAUCUACCUGUUUUCAAAAUGGUUACACUAAAGUAACUAGAAUAUCAUAUGGCACAGUGGUUUUUAACAUGUUAAUCAUUGUGGGCUGCAUCAAGUACUACUUGUAUGUACUGAUAAUGUCACAUGGACUGCAAGCUAAUUGGGCUGCAGGUUGAGAACCACUGCAAUAGCCAUGGUUAGUAGAUUUAGUGACCUCUUUCUGGCACACAUGUACUGAUGGUCCAUUUUUGUAUUUGCCAUAAAAAUGUGUCCAGAUAUUAAAUUUGGGAGUGGGAAAAGAAUUGAGGAUAGAUGCUUUGGAAAUAAUCUUGUUGAGUUUGAAGACACAUUUAAUCAUCUGAUUGUUGUCAUUCAGUUUAAAUACAUUUCUUGUAUGGCAGUCCUCUACAAAUCUCUAUCUGAGUAGGAAGUAGAUUAUUCAUCAAGCUGUGAUUAUGAUUCUGGUAUCAUGUUUCUUCUAGUGUGUAUCUGAAGUUUAAAUGCAACUUCAUUGUUGGUCAAGUGACCUAAAUAUACUGAGGACUUUGGUGCAAGAGAAUCAGACUUUUAAUCCACAAUUUCUUGAUCCUUUGGCCAACAUAGACUUGAAAUACAUCAAACUCCCCCAGGUGGCUGCAAACUGUGUCUCUCCCUUCUCAACCCCAGUCUUUUUCUUAUGUGGUGUGGAAGAUUCACAGUUGGGAGUCCUGACCAGUCCUUGAUUGGCCAAAUGGUGCCCACAUAAAGCUUCAGAGUAAAGGAGGAAGAUGAACUAUCUGCAGGAUUUCUACUGCAACAUCUGCAUUUCAUUCAGAUCAUCAGACAUAGUGUAUAGGGUUGUAAGAUCCAGCCUUUUUAUUCAGCCAAGUACUUAACUCACAUUGUAUCUAAUAGGAUGGUGUAUCUUCAAUGUUAGGAUACUACACGUUUCACUGGAAGUCUAUGCAUUGGUUUCCCCCACCAUCUCAUAGCAGAAAACAUCAGUUUUAAUAAUACCAUUUUUAGUGGUGCUAAACUCCUCUUAAAACAUCGAUACAGGUUUAUCUUGACUAGGAAUUAAAAGGUACGACCAACAGUUUGACAGUGUAACAGUCUCUUGUAUGAGAUCAUGUUUGAUAUAAUAGCUGGCUCAUUUUUGGGCUUCCUAGAAUAAUACACUAAGAAUAAAUCUGAUUUUGAGGCCAUGGGAUUUUUUUUCCUCCCCUCUUCUCCUUCAUGGGUGGUACAGAGAGAAGACACAUUAUGGCAGGGGAGUUGAUAGGUCAGGUGAGAUCAAGUUCAGGCAUAUGUUUCCUCAGGGUUUCCUUUUUAUUUUUGCUAAAUUCAGUAUACAUUUAGUUGCACUUCGAGAGUAAUUCUUUUUUAAAUUGAAUUACACUUUUGUUGCUCAUACUAACGCCACUUACUAGUCCCAACUUCAACCUCUUGGUUUAGAAUGUAGGAAUUUUCAUCAUACAUUAGAAAAGCCCACAUAUACUCAAAGGAAUGCAUUUCUCUGUUCCCUGAUUUACGAAUCACAUACCAAGAUGAAGUAAAACUGAAUUCACAAACCACUUCAACUUUAUUGCCUCAGUGAAGCAGGUGAAAUUUAAGAAAUUUAGUGUACUCAAUCUGUGUUCAUUGAGUGCUCUUAAUAGGGUCACUCUUGCAACUACAACUUGUAAUUCCUUGACAUUCAGGUUCAUCCAAGAGGUAUUUAUCACAUUUCACUUGUCAGAUACAUGAGUUAAAAAACUUAAAUCAAAUUUAAGGGCAAAUUAAGCAUAAUUUUAUAGCUAUCUUUAAUCCAUUUUUUUUAAAAGGGACCCUAGCAAUUGAGGUUUGACUCUUUUUUUUUUUUUUUAAA